CGCCCAGACAGCCAGUGAGCCCCACUGGGUGGCGGCUCCCAGCUUGCACUCACAGCGGCGGCUCUCAGACGGAUGGGAGGGAACCAAAGUCGCCGGUAAAGGCGGCUCUGACCCGCUCCGAGCACCAACGCAGCCUCCAUAGCCCGCAAGUCUUCGUCGCUUGCUCCGGGCUCUCGAGUCCGGGGCCACCAGGGGCCGCAGAGCUGGGGGGUCGUUCGAGCUGCGAGGAUCCCGGCUGCCCGCGAGGCGAAGGGCGGGCGCCCAGGAUGGGAUGCGUGAAGUCCAGAUUCCUCCGAGAUGGAAGCAAGGCCUCAAAAACAGAGCCAGGUGCCAAUCAGAAGGGCCCUGUGCAUGUGCCGGAUCUCACGUCCUCCAGCAAGCUGGGACCAAGCACCAGCAACAGCAUGCCCCCAGGGUGUGCAGAGGGCUCUGAGGACACCGUUGUGGUCGCACUGUACGACUAUGAAGCCAUUCACCGAGAAGACCUCAGCUUCCAGAAGGGAGACCAGAUGGUGGUUCUGGAGGAGUCUGGGGAGUGGUGGAAGGCACGGUCCCUGGCUACCCGGAAGGAAGGCUACAUCCCAAGCAACUAUGUAGCUCGAGUUAACUCUUUGGAGACUGAGGAGUGGUUCUUCAAGGGUAUCAGCCGGAAGGAUGCAGAGCGCCACCUGCUGGCUCCUGGCAACAUGCUGGGCUCCUUCAUGAUCCGGGACAGCGAGACCACCAAAGGGAGCUACUCAUUGUCCGUUCGAGACUUUGACCCCCAGCAUGGAGACACGGUGAAGCACUAUAAGAUCCGGACACUGGACAGCGGAGGCUUCUACAUCUCUCCCAGGAGCACCUUCAGCAGCCUGCAGGAACUUGUGGUCCACUACAAGAAGGGCAAGGAUGGACUCUGCCAGAAGCUGUCAGUGCCCUGUGUGUCUCCCAAACCCCAGAAGCCCUGGGAGAAAGAUGCUUGGGAGAUUCCUCGAGAAUCCCUCCAGAUGGAGAAGAAACUCGGAGCUGGGCAGUUUGGAGAAGUGUGGAUGGCCACCUACAACAAGCACACCAAGGUGGCGGUGAAGACCAUGAAGCCGGGGAGCAUGUCUGUGGAGGCCUUCCUGGCAGAGGCCAACCUGAUGAAGACGCUGCAGCAUGACAAACUGGUGAAGCUGCACGCUGUGGUCUCGCAGGAGCCCAUCUUCAUCGUCACUGAGUUCAUGGCCAAAGGAAGCCUGCUGGACUUUCUCAAGAGUGAAGAGGGCAGCAAGCAGCCAUUGCCAAAACUCAUCGACUUCUCAGCCCAGAUUUCAGAGGGCAUGGCCUUCAUUGAGCAGAGGAACUACAUCCACCGAGACCUCCGGGCUGCCAACAUCUUGGUCUCGGCAUCCCUGGUGUGUAAGAUUGCUGACUUUGGACUGGCACGAAUCAUCGAGGACAACGAGUACACAGCUCGGGAAGGAGCCAAAUUCCCCAUCAAGUGGACAGCUCCUGAAGCCAUCAACUUUGGUUCCUUCACCAUCAAGUCAGAUGUCUGGUCCUUUGGUAUCCUGCUGAUGGAAAUUGUCACCUAUGGCCGGAUCCCUUACCCAGGUAUGUCAAACCCAGAGGUGAUUCGGGCACUGGAGCACGGGUACCGUAUGCCUCGACCAGAUAACUGUCCAGAAGAGCUCUACAGUAUCAUGAUCCGCUGCUGGAAGAACCGCCCAGAGGAACGGCCCACCUUCGAAUAUAUCCAGAGUGUGCUGGAUGACUUCUACACGGCCACUGAGAGCCAGUAUCAGCAGCAGCCUUGACGGGCAGGAAGGACAUGAGCAGAGCCAGAAGCCCCAUCAGUGCCUUGACACGCCCAACCUGCUGGGCACCACCCCACACACUCCAGCUGCCGAGUGGGUGGGGAGGACGUCACAAUCUCUUUCUGACUCUAGUCAUCUGCAAUCCACCAUUCUCAGGGCUUCCAAGUUGGUAUUUGCCUGGAAUGACUGAAUUCAAUCUAUAGCUGUGAUUUAAGUGGGAAACUGUUAAAAUAGUAUUUAAAUAAAAGAUAUGAAUGUCAAA